UUUGCUCUGCAGGCAGGUGGGAACCAGUUCUGACAGUCCCAGGAGCUGGGCAACGCUCAGUUCUACCAGAGGAUGCUGGUCAGGGAGUGGGCCAGGCUUUGGCCCAGUCGGGUUUCCACCAGAACCCAUGGAGACCAAAGGCUGCCCCGUUACAUCGUUGGAGGCAGAGUUUGGGGCCGUGCAGCAGCCACCCUAAAAACUUGGGGAGCGCCGCCAGCCUCCGUCGGUGAGGCCGCCUCAGGGCCGCCCCUGCUCCGGACGGCGGCUGGUCCGAACCGUCGGUCCUUAACAGUCGCCCGGGGCGGUGAAAGGUUUGUGUGGGGGGCAAGAUGUGAGCCCAGCCCUCAGCGACCGCCCGGAGCGCCGGGCUCCCACACGCGGCGGCCGCCCGCUCGGUCACAUGGAGUUGCCAUUUCCUCUGCCCUUGCUUUGCCCUUAAGGAGGUUGUGCUGCCGGUGGUGCCCGCGCCUCGCUCCUCACGGGCGGCUGCGGAGGGGCGCCCUGUCCCCGUUUCCCCCCCUCCUCCAUCGCCACACACAGAGCGCCCAGCCCGGGGGAGACGCAGGGGUGGCUGCGGCGGGAUAAAGGGCAAGGGGUGGCCGGCUACCCAGCUAAAAACAACCCUCUCCUCAUAAAGCGAUGGGGCCUGGGCCGCGCCGCCGCGCUCCCCGAGCCCUAUAAAUAGGCUUCUUGCGCUGCCCGCGGGCUUUGGCCGGUGCGGCUCUGCAGGCGGCGCGGUGCAGCGGAGCGGAGAAAGCGCAGAGGGACCGCCGCCACCGCCGCCAGGAGAGCCUCGAUCCCCGCACCCCGCCACCCCAGCAAGAUGCCCCGGGUAGACGCAGACCUCAAACUGGACUUUAAAGAUGUCCUGCUCAGACCUAAAAGAAGCAGCCUCAAAAGCCGAUCAGAGGUCGACCUUACACGGACCUUCACCUUCCGCAACUCCAAACAGACAUACACAGGAAUUCCCAUUAUAGUGGCAAACAUGGACACUGUGGGGACAUUUGAAAUGGCCGUGGUUAUGGCAAAACAUGCAAUGUUCACUGCAAUUCACAAGCAUUAUUCUUUGGAAGAAUGGAAACUGUUUGCUGCCAAUCACCCAGAAUGCCUUGAGCAUGUAGCAGCAAGCUCAGGUAGCGGAAAAGCUGAUUUGGACAAGUUAACAAGUAUUCUGGAGGCCAUUCCACCUAUCAGAUACAUUUGCCUGGAUGUGGCAAAUGGCUAUUCAGAGCAUUUUGUGGAGUUUGUGAAGUCUGUCCGUGCCCUGUUCCCACAUCACACCAUUAUGGCAGGCAAUGUGGUGACAGGAGAGAUGGUAGAAGAACUUAUUCUUUCUGGAGCAGAUAUUAUUAAAGUGGGUAUUGGACCAGGUUCUGUGUGUACCACUCGGAUUAAGACAGGGGUGGGCUAUCCACAGCUAAGUGCUGUUAUUGAGUGUGCUGACUCGGCACAUGGCUUGAAAGGACAUAUCAUCUCUGAUGGAGGAUGCAGCUGCCCAGGAGAUGUCGCCAAAGCGUUUGGAGCCGGUGCUGAUUUUGUCAUGCUUGGAGGAAUGUUUGCAGGCCAUGAUCAGUGUGCUGGAGAGAUUAUAGAAAAGAAUGGCAAGAAGGUGAAACUCUUCUAUGGAAUGAGCUCUGAUACAGCCAUGAAGAAGCAUUCAGGAGGGGUUGCUGAAUACAGAGCUUCUGAGGGCAGAACUGUGGAGGUACCAUACCGAGGGGAUGUGGAACUCACCAUCCUGGACAUCCUUGGGGGGCUGCGCUCCACCUGCACCUACGUGGGAGCUGCCAAGCUGAAGGAACUGAGCAGGAGAACGACGUUUAUCAGAGUCACCCAGCAGCACAGCCAGGUCUUCUCUUAGCCCCGGACUGGGGAACUGGAGAGAGAGUGGUGGUGGGGAGGAGCAGGAAGGGCUGCUGUUUUGUUUUGCUUUCUCUUCCUUGUUGUGUUAGUGGCAAACUCUCUCUCAGAAUGGCAGUGUCAUAGCCAUUGGAGGGGCUAUGGCUGGGAUUUGGAAGGGGAAGGUUAUGCUGUUAAGACAGUGCCAUUGUUUCUAAAUGCAAUAGCCUCAUCUUUUGUUGUGGUGCCUAUUUUAUUUUUUAGUCAGCAUUUCUUCACCUGUUUUUUCCCCCUUCUGAUAAAUGGCUGUUGAAACCUCAGUUAACAAGGAAUUGGCUUGUACAGACAUGGCUAGUAGAUCUGCAUACAUACACAUUCCCUUUUUUAAGACUGACCUGUCACCUACCACCACUUGUGGCAGUGCACCCUCCAGAAAUUACAGACUGGGAGAGAAAAAGACGCAAGGAAUUGAGUGGAGAAACCAAAAAUCCAAUUUUCCUUAUCUUUGUUGUGGUGAAAGAAGGGCUGUUUGUGGCAUUGCUGCCAGCCUGCAGAAUUUCAGAGGUGGAUCAGGCUUGACUGCUGGGGACUUCUUACUGUGAUGAUAAACAUGCCAGAUCUGUCACGGCCAGUUCACAGGGCUGGUACUGUCACUUUUACCUAAAUCUCCCUAUUCAAUGGACUUGCCUCUCCAGAGAAGCUGGCAGUGAAUGCAGCUAACCUGUACUGUCUUCUCUGACCCCAUCUGUGGAGAUGGUUCAGGAGAAAACCUCUCAGAGCUUGCCUGCUUUUUCAUGCAUGCAGCCAUUGAAUUACCUGGGUUCUUGCUUUUAUCUGCUCUCUGUGAACAGAUUUUUAAGACGUUGAAACUCAGCAACGUCAACCUCACCGGGGCGAGGGGGUGUGUGUGUUCUGUAGCCCUCACUGUUCCGUUGCCUAUUCAUAGCCAUUUAGCAAAGAUACAUAAAUGCUGUGCUGUGCAUUGUGUGUGGCCAGGUGAAUGCGGCCAGAGGGAUCAGAUUCACUUUGGUUAUUUGGUACCAGUCCUUUGCAGUGCUUGACACCAUGAAAAGCAAAAGAGCUUUUGGCAGAAUAGCCUGACACUGAUAGGCUGAGCUGAAGUUAAAGCAUUUGCUCUGAAGGCAGUAAUGAAUGCUUAAGGUAACACUUCAAUAAAGUGUAAUGGCCCACUAAUUAAUAGAUAAAUCACAAUGAAAUUUCUUUGGAAAUACACAUUGCAUCCACAUGAGUACUGUAGAAGCUCAUUAUGAUAAAUGAUGUGAAAGUGAGCACCAAUGAAUUAAUAAUGCUUGGCCACUUACUUUAAAGUGCUGCUGAGAUCAUAAUAGAGCUAAUGUUACUUCAGUACUGCAGAAUCUUCUUUCCCCUCCUAUAGACAUCUGUGGGAAGAGGCAGGCUUCCUUUGAAAAGCAAAAGAGUGAUCUGCAGGAAGAGGAACAGCAAAAAGAAACUCUAGAAUUAAACUCAUCUGCUGGACAUCUCAAAAAGCCACGCACAAGGACUGGUACAAUUGACCAUGCUGAGGAGCAAAUCUAGGCCACAAGCUGAUCCCUGGUGAUUUUAGAGUGUGUUGUCCACAUUAGAAAAAGCACAGAACAUCUUCUAAAUAGCCUGGUAUUUUAAAUAUCUUCCAUCUAACAUGCAGGACAUAAGUGUGGUAUGACCCCUUCCUGGGCUUUGGAUGUGGAUAAGGGCCUUAGUAUAAAGCACAGAUUUAUGCUUGUGCUGGCUUUAAGGACCCUUUCUCCUGCCCACAUAUCAUAAAGGAACCUGAAGGCAGAAGAGAAGAAGGCCCUGUGAAUAAAGGACCUGAUCGCUAUUCUCUCCUGCCUGAAAAUACCAAGUUAGGAAGAUACCAGGUUUGUUUACCACAAACCCUACCGUGUGCUACAUACUGCUCUCACCUGCAUUAAGCCCAGAGGACAGGCAGUAUUAACACUGCAUCAGUACAGCUGCAGGAGGUCACCUUUCCUUUGUUUAAUGUGAUAUGAAGGGUAGGGUGAACACCUCCGUCAGCAGUGGGGUUAGACCAUUGUGGUGCAGGCCUGACCACAGGUGUGUUUCCACGCUCGUGCCUUCAUAUGUGGGAAGAGCCGCAGUCUGCUGUCUUCCGCCUACUCUGGCUAGCGCUUUUCUACUUUUUUUUAGCUACAUUUCUAAACAAGAGUUUAAGGGAUGCAUAUAAAAAUAUAUAUUUGUAAACAUUUUUUAAAACCUCCAUACGCACAUUGAAUGGAGCAGCUUCGUGACAGGUCUUUGGAGCCAUUUCUUUUCCAAAGGGCAGGCACUGGGGCAUGGGGAGACUGCCUCUCUGCAGGUGCGGCAGGCGUGGAGCCUCCCACGCAGGCAGGUUGUACAUGUACAUGCAGCUCUUCCUGGGGCCACUUCUGCACCCACCUGCCUUCCCCUUUCACACAUACCUCUGACUGACCAGGGACUGUAGGGAGGGAUGGGGAUAGGCUCCACUGAAGUUGUCCCCUGAAUUCUCCAGGCUGUGAAUGACAUUGAUGCUAAGGAUAGUUACUGGUAAAGCUUUGACCUGGGUUAUUUGGUUUUCUGAAUAGCAGCUCUUCCCAUCAUUUUGAUAAGCAGCAUGUUUUCUUUCCAUUUCAUUUUCUCCUUCUCACUCCAAAGUGAGUGAGGGGUAGAGAGUGGCUGCAGAAGGGCUGACGUGGUGGCAUGUCUGCAUCUCACCGAAGGUUAUAUGCAAGUUUUGUUCAGGGAUAACCCUCAACCGUGUCAGUGCUCACCACUGACACUGUACAUGUCAGCUCUCAGGCUGGAAAACUGAAAAAAAGAAAAGCCUGAGCCCUCCUUUAACAUCCAGUCCUGUGCUGUAGCAGUUGUCCUUCAUUUAGCCCCAGGUCCUGUGCCCUACUCAAGCCUGGUGUGGCUCUCACAGGAGCUGGGGCAGUGGGGGAGCUGAGGGCAUGCUGCGCCCGGCAGGGUGGUUUGAGAAGAGACCGCAACCACUGACAAACACCACGUGCCAUUUGUGGAUCUACCUCACCUGCACAUUUAACUGGGUUCUGUGUUACUUGGUGUCCUUCUGUGGUAAAUGACAUUUGUAAGCGUUUAGUGUUAAGUGAUUCCCUACCCCGCCCCAACCCCAUCAUGUCUAGAGGAAUGCUGUGAGCGGGAUAACCUGCUGCUUGCAUGAUGUAGCCCAAGGUCAUGCCAGCUUUCCCCAGCCAGGCACUUGCUGAGCACCCUAGAGCUGUGUUAAGGUUUGGCCCACUGGCUCCACAGUGAUUUAGUUUAACAUGCCGAAGACCUACAAGUGGGGAUGCUGAAAAGGGCUAAUGUCAUUAAAGCAAUCUGUGCUGAGCGUGUCCAUCUCCGGCUUCUUGAAACCUAAGGACACCCAAACCAGCCCUCCUGCUCACAGCCAUAUUCUGGACUCUCCCUGCUGCAGGGUGUUUGUCCGGGAGGGCUGACUGGCUCUCCUGCCCAUGCAGCCUGACUUACCUGGGUGCUCCCCUUCACAGGCAGGAAGGUCUUGGCAUGGCAGCAGCCUGGCUCACACCCCAGUGCCUGUGUGGUGGCUGCGAGGAGCGCGUGUGUAGGCCUCCUUGUGGGCCUGAGGCUAGCCUGUUGGAGGAGUAGGCCUUGGGCCAGCACCCUGCCAGCUGCAAACCGAGCCUCCCAGGUCUCCUUUCUCUGAAAGAAACAAGUGCAGGGACCAGGGGGUCUGGGCCUCUCCCUUCUCCCCCAUGAGGCAGGGGCUUUGGCUGUGCUCUUCUCUGCAGCUGCCUUCUCACCUUAGGACAUGGUGGGGCUGAAUGUGGGUUGGGGCCACCCUGUAAGUAAGAAGAGUUGAGUUUUAAGUAGGAGCAGGAGGAGCUGCUGCUCACAUUUGGAGGAGCUUAUCUCAGACAAAGUGUGCCUGUAUCUUCCCUUCAGCUAGUAAAAGCAGGGGGAGAAAGGAGGAGUGUGUGCAAGAAACACAGCAGCAAUUAGCCAAGCCCCACUGUGUUGGGCCAGGGGCUGGGGUUUUCUGGUCAGGGAGAUAAUGAGAGUUUGAAGCGUUUCCUGAACCAAGCACUCCCUGGUUUGUGCCGAUUGAGUUACCCAUCUUGAACAGACUUCCUUCAGCUUUCUGCCAGCGUUAGUGCAGUGUCUGUCCAUCACCACCUCCCACCCUGCCACCUGGGGAUGUUGCGUUUUAGUUGCUAAUGCCAUUUUUGUACCAAAAGGUCUUUGUUGGAGCCAGGAGGGCUUUUGCAACCAGCACCAGGUUUGGCCUUGCUUCUGCAGAAGAGAGAAAAACAAAAAGCUCAGGCCCAGGGACAGCCAUUUGCCUUCUGCAGCAGCCAGAGCCAGCAGUGGGAGCAGGCCAGGCCCUUCUCUGCAGCUUGGAGCCGCAUGUCUGUGUCCAGGCUGCAUGCAGGCACAGCUCUGCGCCCUUCAGCACAGCAUGGGCCAUCCUGCUGCAGCCUUUGCUUUGCUUGUGCUCAUUCAGGUGCUUAAGCAAGCCCUCCCCAGCAUUUACUUGAUAACAGUGUUUACUGGUUGAAGUUUUCAUACAUAAAUAAACAGUUCAGAGUCCCAAACCCCUUGGUGUUGCCUGUGAUGACUGUGAAGUACUUGCAUGUAAUCGGUCAAAAAGAGCUGACAAGUAUUCAGUGUUCUCCUGCCCCACUUGGCCCUGCUGAGGUGGUGAUGGUGGGCGCUGCUGACCCUCACCGGGAGCAACCGCGCGUGGCAAUGUCCCUGAAAGUGUUCGUAAGUUGUAAGUGGAAAGUUUUUGUUACACAAUAAAGAGCUUCUCUCUAAGGGUCUGGAAAGGGUUUUAUGCCCGUGAAUGGCUACGUCUCUGUUUCUGCAUCACUGCGAAUAAAAGCAAAUGCAACGCUCUCAAAUGCAUCUGAGAGCAUUUGUGCUCUCAACCCUGGGGUUAGAACUAGGUGAUCUUUAAGGUCCCUUCCAACCCGAACCAUUCUGUGGCUGUAUGAAAUGGGUUGCUGGGAGGUGGGGAUUAAACUGGGGAAAUAACGUCCCUAGGAAAGCUCUCCCAUUCAGUCGGAAGCGAUAAAGACAGAACAUGUGCUUGCAAUUGGCACUGUUAUUUUAUUAGUACGAGUAUACUGAAACAAUAAACUUGUACUGGUAUACAGACAAUUUCUUUAAAACAAUUUUGUUCAAAUUUUGAAUCAAACAUUGUUUUAUUAUAAUAAUGAAAUAAUUUCUACCUAGAAAACCUGCAAGCACCAUCAAAGAAAGGGACCAUAAAAUUCAAUAAACAGACGCGAGUGUAUCCUACAAAUAGACACACCACCAUUAGAAAAUAGAAUAUGAAUUCUUCCAUUUUUUUUUAAUAUUUGUUUUAAAAAAGCUAGUGCAAGUACAAUAUUUUACACUGGAAUUACAGAGAGUAUGCACGCAUAUGGAAAAAAGUUCUCCUGUCACAAUAAAAGCUCUUAACUAUGUCUGUAUGCACUUAAAAUCUUCUCCUCUUUUCAAUAAGGUGCAAAACGUUAUUCCCUCCCUAUUUCUCCUUUGUACUGGCCAUGUCAGCUCAACUUCUCCCCAACACAAAGCUGCGAUAUCCCUUUUUCUGGGCCUACCCUAGGAACUACACUGGAAGUGGGAUUUGCAAGAACCCUCAUUAGUAAUACCAGACAAUUUAAUUAAAAAAAAGAAAAGGAAAAAAAAAAAGA